GUAUCUGUUCAUUUCAAUCACAUAUUUGCUGCUGUGUCUCAUGAGUUUACAGAACACUUUCUGCUCAACUUAGCAAGACUUCAGCUUGCAUAUGAGAAAGGGCUUUUGCAGAUCAAUGAGAAGCUGCUGCUGCUUCGUUAUUCAUAACAAUUUUAGUGAAUUUCUACACAUAAAUCUAUACUCUAUGCUUCAAAAUACCAGGUGAACCUGGCAUCAACAGGAUGAUAUUGGAUUACUUCUACAGUAAUUCUAAUAGAUUCCACUUUUCUCAUUAGCCUGGAGCAUUAUUACUAGUUUGAUUGUGAUCGAUUGAGAACAUAAUAUUUAUUGUGAUCCUAUUGGAAUAAUUUCAUUAAGAGACUUGUAAUUUCUUGUUACUGGACUAGAAUAAGACAUGGUAGCUAGUCCAACUCAAAUCGUAAAAAGUUGAGGGACUUGUAUUUUGAAUCGCUCCCGAAAAGGAAUCUAUUGGUAUGUGCCUUGAUUUAUUUCAUGGAUAAGGGCUUUGGUUCAAGUCUAAGAUGGCCCAGCCGUGUCAGGAAAGAUAAUAGAAGAAACAUCCGACUACUUCGAGUCGUUGCCAUGUGAGUUAAGUUCAAUGUUUGAAUGGAGAAUACGGAAGCUAGUCCAUCAUCUCCGAGUUUUGGAUGUUGGGUUGGGCCAAAGAGUUCUCUAGAUGGAUUUAUCGUAUUUUUUUUUAUAAUCAUGGUGUUCGAUUCAGUUUACGUGUAUUGAAUCAACUACCAAUCCAAUGGACUAUUUUGCUGUACAAAUUAUUGUAAGGACACGUGGACAACAAAACAGAGCAACAAACAAGUUUGUCAUCAUACCUAUAAAACAAACAUCUGUCAACCUCAUAUCUUACCAUAUUAUGUAUUCACCCUUAUAAAACGGUGAACUUUGGAACAACCAAACAAUCAAUGUUCACAGAAAUGUCAAUAUCUUUAAUAAGAAGUAUUUUUUACCUCUUUCUCUUCUUUUUUGCCACUGCAGCUUCAAGGAAUGAGAAGCUAUCAGCUUACGAAGAGCUACAGCGUUAUGAUUUCCCAAUGGGGAUUCUUCCAAAAGGAGUAAAAGACUACAAAUUGAACACAAAAACAGGUGAAUUCUCAGCUUAUCUUAAUUCUACCUGCAGCUUCAAAUUGGAGAACUCAUAUCAACUGAAUUACAAGCCUGUUAUAAAAGGGGUUAUAUCUAAAGGCAGGCUUAAGAAAUUGAGUGGUGUUAGUGUUAAGGUGGUGUUGCUAUGGCUUAACAUUGUCGAAGUUGAGAGAAAAGGUAAGAAUCUUGAGUUCUCAGUUGGACUCGCUUCGGCAAAUUUCCCGGUUGAGAACUUUGAGGAAUGUCCACAGUGUGGGCAUGGAUGGAAUUGUGUUGAUGAGGUAACAAUCUUGUGUCUUCUUUCUAGACUAGAUUAGGUACUUUGAUUGAAAAUCUAGUUAUGUUUUUUGUUUUCUGGUAGUGGAAAUGAUCUGUUUUUUGAAUAGCUAUGGUAGUUGGGGCCAUUUGGUCACGAA